ACAGAACAAAGUCCAAGUGGGUGUGGGGGGGGACUGAGGUAGUCCCUGAUAAAUACUCCGUCGAUAGAGAGCAUGCAAUUGCAAGCCAAUAAUAUGCCAGCGGACAAGUUAAAGUGUCUCCCACCGAAUCCAAAUAUAUACUCCAUAAUAGUCCAUACAUAAACCUCUCUCUAUUAUCAUCGAGAAUCAUAAUAAUGGCGUCGUCACUCCCUCACUUAGACGACGAUUCCGUCUCCCCUUCCCCUCGUUCCAAUCACUUCAACGACGCUCCUCCACGUGUCCGCUUCAUGUGUAGUUUCGGCGGUAAAAUCCUCCCCCGUCCCUCCGAUAAUCAGCUCCGUUACGUCGGCGGAGACACCCGUAUCGUCGCCGUCAACCGCUCCAUCUCCUUCUCCGCUCUUGUCCAUAAACUCUCUAAACUCUCCGGUAUGAGCAACAUAACAGCCAAGUAUCAACUCCCAAACGAAGACUUAGACGCGUUGAUCACGGUAACAACUGACGAAGACGUGGAUAACAUGAUAGACGAAUACGACCGCGUCACACAGAGUGAAAACCCACGAGCAGCUCGUCUUCGUCUCUUCCUUUUCCCAGAAGGAGAAGAUUCACGAACCAACAGUAUCAGUUCACUCUUAAACGGUUCAUCUAAAAGAGAAAACUGGUUCAUGGAUGCUUUAAACGGUGGCGUUUCUGGUUUAGAACGAGGAAGAUCAGAAGCUUCUUCUAUGGUUUCUGAAGUACCCGAUUAUCUAUUCGGUUUGGAUAAUAACUCUGAACUACCCGAAUCACGACCUAAAGAACAACAACGACAUCUUCUUCAACAGCAAGAUAAUGUUUCGAAUUCGGAUCCGGGUUCUCCUGCUCCGGUUGUUUCUUCUUCACCGUUUUGUUCUACUUCAUCAGUCUUGUCUGUGCCUUCUAUUCCGAAUCUUCCACCGGUUAAAACCAAACUUGAUAACCAAGUUUCUGAACCGGUUUUCAAAGGAAAUCAAAUUGAAACUGAAACGGUUUUGCAACCACAAUUGAAAAUGGAUAAUUAUCAGAUUAACCCUGCAAUUCACUACCAACAACCUCAACCACGACCACAACCACAAGAAGGUGCUUAUUCUGGUCAUCAUGCACAACCGGUUCCGGUUUAUUAUAUUCAGGGUUCGGUUCAACCCGGGAAUGUACCGGUUCAUAUGCAAGGACAUGGACAUUAUCCCUAUGUUCAACAACCAUAUCAUCAAGUGAUGCAACCUCAGGUACCAAUCGGGUAUCAUCAAAUGAUUCCGGGUACGGGUCAAGUGUAUGGUGCGGGGAUGAGGCAUGUAGCCCCGGUUCAGCCCUACAGUCCUACCACGGUGGUUCACGAUGGUUUAAAACAGCAAGUGUAUCAAGGUGUCCAAAACAACUCCGGUCCAGUUCCGGUUUACCAGGCGAUGGUGGGGACUGGUGGGGAUGAACUGCAAAGAGGUGGAACGGGUCGGGGAACCAACUCGCCGCAUAAUUGACCCAGUUUUUGCUUGAUAAGUGUGUUUAAUAUUUAAUUUACUUUGAUUGGGGAAAUGAUUGCUUUGUAUGAACUUUCAAUUUAGUUUUUUUAUUUUUAUUUUUGUGAACCACUUUCAAUUUUGUUUGAUACACAAAAGUCCAAGAAAAAUAUAUGCUCCAUUUGAUAAAUAAAAUUGUUUCAGGAGGUAAUCUAACUCCAUUUGCAUA